UUUUGCGAGUGCGAGAUGAUUCCCACAACAGAAGAAGAAGAGGAAGAGGAAUGCGAGGAGGCCGCGGCGGGCAUGGCAAACGUCUUUAUCCUCGACAAUGGCGCCUACACGAUCAAGGCGGGCUUUUCCAACCAGAAUGAACCGAGAAUUAUGCCAAAUGCCAUCAUGAAAGCUAAAAGUGAACGCAGAAGACCAUUUAUUGCAGACCAAAUUGAAGAUUGUAGAGAUGCUUCAGGACUUUUCUAUAUAUUACCUUUUCAGAAGGGUUACUUGGUUAAUUGGGACAUACAGAAGACUGUGUGGGACUACGUUUUUGGCAAAGAUGUUUUCAAUGUCAAUCACACCAACACCACCAUGAUUGUUACUGAGCCGUACAUCAACUUCACCAGCACUCAAGAGGCGCUUUGUGAAAUAUUUUUUGAAGAAUACGAGGUUGAUGCCUUACUUCGAAUAAAUGCUGGAGACCUGUCAGUACACAAGUACCACCGGGACCGCCCAAGGGAACUGUGUUGCUUACUGGUGGAGUCUGGCUUUAGCUUCACCCACAUUGUGCCAUACAUCCAAGGGAAGAAGCAAAAGGAUGCCAUUCUUAGAGUAGAUGUUGGAGGCAAAGUGCUCACCAAUCACUUAAAGGAGCUUAUAUCUUACAGGCAACUCAAUGUCAUGGAUGAGACAUAUGUGAUCAAUCAAGUAAAGGAAGAUGCAUGUUUUGCUUCACUUGACUUCAAUGCUGACAUGAGAACAGCUCGUGGUUGGCGAGAGGAAAACACCAUCCUCAGAGAUUAUGUGCUGCCGGACUUCACCACCAUAAAGAGGGGCUAUGUCAGAUCAUUGGAGGAGUCCACAGGAAAGUCUACUGCUGGUGAACAGCUUAUCCGCCUCAACAAUGAACGAUUCAGCAUACCUGAACUCCUCUUUCACCCAAAUGAUGUUGGUAUUCAGGAGAUGGGCAUCACUGAAGCUAUUGUUCAUUCUAUCAACAAAUGUCCAGAAGAGACCAGGCCUCAUUUGUAUCGAAACAUCCUGCUCACUGGAGGGAAUUGCAAUUUUCCUAUGUUUAAGGACAGAGUGUUCAAAGAUGUCCGAUCCAUGGCGCCUGAUGAAUAUGAAGUUAAUGUUACCCUCGCCAAAAAUCCCUCUACAUACUGCUGGAGGGGAGGUGCUGCCAUUAGCCGGUCGGCACAUUUCCCGGAGAUGUUGGUCACCAAGAAGGAGUGGGAGGAAGAUGGUUUUAAUAUAUGCCAAGAAAGAUUUUGUGUUUAGAUUAAUUCAAGAUCGAUAAGACUGAAAGGAAUGAUUUACAUGAAAGGAUGACCAGCCCCUUCUUCUAGUCUGGAGGAAUGGUACCAGAUUCCCUAUAUGGCAGUCAAGACCAUGUGCACAUUGUGCCUCCUCCAGCUUUGAGCAACUCUGCACUGAUAUCACAAACACCAGCUGCCUUUUCACCCCUAAUCUUCCCCUAAUCUUGCCACAGCCUCUGACCUUGUGAAGAGGGUGGGGUCUUGUUAGUGGGUGGAUCAGCAUCCCUUAUUUGUAACCCAGUAAAUGGGGUCUGGCUGGUCAGAGGGUUCACCAUGUACAGUUGCUUAAUGUACUCAGCCCAACAAGCCCUCUGCCCAUCCAUGUCUAACACGAAGCAACCAUCUGUUGUUUGGAUAGCCCACACCCAAGAGGAAGGCUUGGAGCAGAGCUUCUUCAGAACUUGGUGAACAGAACAAAAGUCAAAUUGCAUUGAAAUGACACUUGACAUCCUUAGCGAGAAUCCUGACAUACCUCCUUGUAUCCCCAGGACAGUUCAAGUCCUAUGUGACAGAGACCUAUACUGGUCCUGAUUCCCCUGCAAGUCUGGCAGCUUGACUUUUUGAUAUUCUUUAAAGUCUCCCCCCAUGUCAUAACACUUCUUGACCUUGGUUGUGCUCUAAUGCACUCCUUUGCAGCUUGAAGAGUUUUACAUUUGAAGGUGUCCCACAACUCUGCACCGAUUGUUGCGGUAGAACCCUUUAAGACAUUCUAAGGGAGAGUUUUCAGCAUAUGGCCCCAGGAUGUUUGAGAAGACCACAUGUAGAGAUCUCCGAGGAUUUACCCCGAAACUAUUUCUACAGGCAGGCACCAUGUUACACCACCCUAGCCACCCACCCAAAAAGGUAAUGUAGAAAUGCCAAUACAGUCAACCCUCACUUUAACAAAACAGUUGGGGGUUAGAGGGUGAUGUUAUAUCCAAAAAUCUGUUAUACCUGAGGGAUCCAAGCUUUUUACACAUAAUGAACUUUGUUCAUUAUAUGAGCUGAAAGCUCACUUUUUCUGAUAAGGUGGCAGUGGCUGAAAGCAUGUUUUGCAGUCACAGUCUUCUGUCAGGCAAAACUUGACAAAUCUCAUUAAUAUUACUGGGAGAGUGGCAGCAUUAUUAUGCAUGUGCACACUAAACCCUUUGCCUCAAAACAGCACUCAUCAAGAUCAUUUGGUUGGCUUUGCAUAACUGUACUUGACUGAGAUUUUCAUUUAAUAAGGCAAAUUUACCUUCAUUUCAUUCAACUAUAUGUGUGUACCAUGUAAAAAAAUAUACAACAGCUACAAAUGACGAUUUGGCUUCUUGCCAAAGACUCUAAUGUCCAUUUAAUGUGUAAACAUAUAUAAUUAGCAGUUCACAACAUGACCACUGCUUCUAAAGUAUCAAAUGUGUGUGAAACUCGAGUACCCACUGCACUCAGAAGUUGAAACACUGGAAUAAAGUGAUAGUACUUCAAAGAGAGAGAGAAUAUUAUGAAGUACAUAGAUAACUAACAUGAGAGAGUAAACAAAGGAUCAAUAUCAAAGGUUGCUUUUCUUUUAACCUCUUCAACACGAGGACGUGUAUACUGCGUCCUUGUGUGCCCUGUACCAUAUCCGAGGACGCGCAUACUGCGUCCUAGCUCACUUUAGCUAAUAUACGAGUUAUCUUAUUUAUAUUUAUGCUUACAUCUCAAAAUUAUCAAUUAAUUUAUGUUUCUUUAUGUGCACCAUUUAAUUCUGCAUGUUUUCAUAUAUAAUACAUGAUGAUUAUAUUGAGUUUAUGGCUGAAAACAUGUCAUAUUUAAUAGCGACAUUUGAAAUUUGGCGCACGCGGCGAUCCUGGAUACGGCGCGGGGCGCUGUUUUGGCCUGGCCGUAGUGAGUUUCUUUAUGUGCACCAUUUAAUUCUGCAUGUCUUCAUAUAUAAUACAUGAUGAUUAUGUUGAGAUUAUGGCUGAAAACUUGUAUUCAAUAGUGACAUUUGAAAUUUGGCGCACGCGGCGAUCCCGGAUAUGGCGCAGGGCGCUGUUUUGGCCCGGCCAUAGUGAAGGGGUUAAAGAAAAGCUAAAACUUUACCAUGGCUUGAUUACAUGUAUGUAAUUCUCAAAAAUUUAUAACUGCAGUCUUCAGAAAACCCAACCCACAAAUUAUAUUGUUCUACAAUAAUAGUACUCAAAGAGCACACUGUGAUUGUAGGUGAAAUUCCAAUUAUUUUAUCAAAUUUAUGUUUUUCCUUGGUAGCUAUGUGGUUAAUAGAAAAGCCAGAGGGAUAAGUACAAAUUCUAGAAAUGUAAUGUUUAUAUAUUAACAAGUUUAGAUAUAUAGCUGAAACAACCUGAGGUAAUGUUCCCUGUUGAAAGACAAUUAUCAAGUGUUAAAACCCAAUAACUGCAUAUUUCAUUUUUAUAUAAUUAAGACACUCAAAGCAUUAAUUAAUCAGAAAAAGUCACUCAGCAUGCAAAUCUACGUCUAUGAAAAGAUACCACACUAAAAAGCUGCUUCUCAAGCAGACAAACACUUAUAACUUUUCUAGAAACCUAUACAAAAAUAUUAGUCAGUAUAAAAGUGAGGAAAAGUCUCAUAGAGCUCUUAAAAUACAGAAAUUGGGGCACUCAGCUGUAGCUGUUUGUAAUGUGCACCGAGUAAACAUCAAUAUCAAAGCUACAGAAAUGUGUAAACUGUCCAUGUAUUUUGUUUACUUUUGUCUUGUAUAUUGUCAAGUCUGAAAACCUUAAAGACUUCUGUUCCCCUGCUCAUAAGGCCUCAAACAGGCUGGCUUAUAAUGUAUCUCAUCCUUAAUUGAUGCUUGUUUGUCAAGACCACCACCACUCAUUUACUUGCUACUGACUGUAGCAGACUGUGCAAAACACUUCCUAGCUUGCACUUAGUAUUUUGUAUUAUUUAAUGCAAGAUUCUGCUUAAGACUCAAAAAAGGUAUUAGUGGAAGUGUGUUUUAUGUGGCACAACUGAAUCCUGAGGUUAAGUGGUAGUGGAGAUUAUGAAAAUAUGAAUUUAAUGGCAAGGAAUCUGUUUGAAAUAUUUUUAUGUAUGUAUGAAAUAAAUUAUCUAAUAAAAGCAAUGCUAUCCUUUUAAGAUCUCAAAGGAGUAACCCUUCCCCGUAUCACCACUAAAUCAACUAUCAACACUUGUACUGGCACUGUCCUCAUACCCACAGCUAUAUGCCCAAUUGACUACGUCAACUGGUUUUACUGCUUUGAAGAACUUCGUAAAAUCCUUGCAGACAACUAUGAUGUUGCUGUCACUUGCUUUAAACCCCUCAGGCAGCUGUAACUACCGAAAAAACAGUAUUCAAUUAUCAUGACCUUCCUACAACAGUGCAGACAUAUGAGGAACUUGAUGCAAAGUCCAACUGUACAUUACUCUCUCCCACCAGUGCCAAAACAAUUGGUAUUUUAGCCACCCUCCUAAACUAUACAGAUCUACUGCAUGCUGCCCUCUUUGUGAUAAACCUUCUUUUUGUGUAAAGGGCUUAUUUUCUCUUAUGGGAUUGUGCUAAGUUUAAUCAUGAUUAUUUGCCCUUCAGAAACAUCCAUCCAUGCCACCUGUGUGGACGCCAUAAUCUUCUACUGAGGCUGUCCUACCUAUUGCUUUGAAUCAGAAGUUGCUGCCCUCCACUUCUAACAAAAAACAGAAGUUGCUGCACUUAAAAAAAAAAAAAAAAAAAAACAAAAAACGCACUCCACUUCAAGCAGGAAGCCAGGUGGCUCAGUGGGUUUGGUGCUUGCCUCACAACCUAGAGAUUGCUGGCUGAUGGUUCUGAAAACACGCUUUAUUCGCUGUGAGUCCGAUGACGUCAUCGUCAGUGCUCACCCAAUCAGCGGCCUUGCUGCCUGGUGGUGGUGGUGUCACACUGGCCGUUUUCCUCCAACUGUUGGGGCUACGGGCAACUGGCAACUCCAACUUUUUUGGGUAUGCAUCAUACACUUCCAAAGUCUGUUGUCCGUACCGACAUCGUAAACAACGCAGUCACCCUGUAUCGACAUGGUGCCAUCUGCUAAAGUAACGACGAAACAAAAACUUUGUGAAUCUGAAGUUAACGUUGAUUGUUUAAUCGAUAGUUUGUUGUUUUUACCACAAUCCAUUAGUGCGCAUCUCUGUGAAUCCCGCCCAAGCACGCGUGAACAUGGUCACCCAACUGAGGGAGUCUACCUUUUUUCUCCAACCGUGUUGGUGGUAGGGACAACAAACAACAACAACUUUUCUGGGUGUGCGUCACACACGGCCAAGGUUGGUUAUCCAUAUCCACAACAUAAACAAAGCAGUCGCCCUGUAUUGACUUGGCAUCAUCUGCUAAAGUAUUGGCUGUCGUGGCUCGUGCUGCCGUUACCCAAGUAAUAGAUUUGUUGCUGCGGUUAAAUGGAAGAAAGAAGUGGUUGUGGGCACGAUCAUGGCUUCAAAGACGGGAUGACAGGAGUCUACCAAAACCUUGUCAGAGAACUGCUGUGAAGACCGGUGUUGUGUUCCUGACACAAUAAAUAGCCUUCAUUCAGUGAUUCAUGGAGGGGAGCUGGCAAGCGAAGUGAGCAAAGCCAUGCUGUCAGGGAAUGUGUGAGAACAGCUCUGCUUAUCAUCAAGUCUGUGUUAGUUUACAUUCACCUCUGAGCAUGCGUAGUUUGCGGGAGGACAGCCAGGAACACAACACCGGGAGUCCUACAAUUUUCAUAGACUCGAGAAUAAAGUUUUUUGAACAGUGGUUCCACAGCACAGGGUGUUGUUUUAUCUUGUCAAUUAAGUACACAAAGCAGCUCUGCUCUGCCAAUCCACUUUACGAGUCUCUUGGUGGGUCAUCUUCAACUGCUCCUCACUCCUCAGCCAUUGCCAUCGUCUAUUUGUUUACAUACAGCCAUGCUGUUGCUCGUACCCACAAGCGUUUUCCAUCCAUACGGACAACCAAUAACUCGCUCCUGGUUGGCCAUAUGGGCAACUGCAGUUGCCCGUAGCCCCAAUGGUUGGAGGAAAAGACAGUGACACUGCCUUUUAAGGCUGUGCGUGUGAUGCAGAUGGUAGGUAGAUGUGACCCAUAAUGUCAAAGCAGCGCAAAAUUUUGGGCGCUAACACGCAAAAGCCGGGGUGGUAAGAAUUUAGGACUAAACGUGAAACUCAGAUAUUUUGAAAAU